AUGGAGGCCGUGGUCCUCAUCCCCUACGUGCUGGGCCUCGUCUUGCUGCCUCUCCUGGUCGUGGCCCUGUGCGUGCGCUGCCGGGAGCUGCCUGGCUCUUAUGACACAGCGGCCUCUGACAGCUUGACCCCAAGUAGCAUCGUGCUCAAACGACCUCCCACAGUCGUGCCCUGGCCAUCAGCUGCCUCCUACGGGCCUGUGACCUCCUAUCCACCUCUGAGCCAGCCGGACCUGCUCCCUAUCCCGAGGUCCCCACAGCCUCCCCGCAUGCCUUCUUCCCGGCAGGACUCAGAUGGUGCCAACAGUGUGGCAAGUUAUGAGAACGAGGCCCCGGUCUGUGAGGACGAGGACGAGGAUGAGGAGGAGGACUCUCCCAACGAGGGCUACUUGGAGGUGCUUCCCGACAGCAUGCCGGCCACCAGCACCACUGUCCCACUGGCUCCCGUGACCAGCAACCCCGGCCUCCGAGACAGCGCCUUCUCCAUGGAGUCCGGGGAGGAUUAUGUGAACGUUCCUGAGAGCGAGGAGAGUGCGGACGCGUCUCUGGAUGGGAGCCGGGAGUAUGUGAACGUGUCCCAGGAGCUGCCGCCCAUGGCUAGGACCGAACCUGCCGUCCUGAGCUCCCAGAAGGUGGAGGAUGAGGACGAAGAAGAGGAAGAGGGAGCUCCAGAUUAUGAGAAUCUGCAGGGCCUUAACUGAGGGUCUGCGUGAGGCCAAGCCCGACCUGGAACCAGCCUCACCGAGAGCCCCCCCACCCCCACUGAGCUGGGCAGCCGGCAGGGCUCUGGAUGGGGACCUUACAUGGCACCCCACCCUGAUGCCAGCCUGAGAUCAGUCUGAGAGUCUCCCCCUAACUUAUUAUCACUUUGGGGUACAGCCUGUGUGCCCCCAGCACUGCACCUUCUGACGUAGCCUGAGAAUGAACUACCCCGGCCCCGGCCCUAUUCUGCAGGAGAAUAAAGGCUGACGUGGUCUGUA